AUGCAAGAUCUACAAUACGCAAUCAACGGUGCUCGUGUCAAGCUCAAGAACCUCAUUAACGAUAUCCUGAAUGACAAAACACUUUUGCAUAACAAGGAUGAUGUCGCUCUAGAUGCAUUCAUAACGCUAAUCAAUCGAUUUCUGCAAAAUAAUGUGAAGGACCAGCAGAAUACUCGUGCUCAAGUGCUGCUCGACUACGCAACUGAACGCUUACACGAGCAAGUAUACUCGAGCGUGCCAUCUUAUAUAAGAGUCAUGCAUCAAGUAGCUAGUAUGUGUCUGGCAUUGGAAGCGCUUGACACAUCUGAUCAAGCUGCAGGAGUAAUUGAAGCUAUAAGGGGGAUAGAUACCACGAUACUAAUAUCAGGGGUGCCAUAUAAAAGUAACCUAGUCAAGGAGCUAGUUGUAGAUCUGCAACAGGCUCUACCUGUAGACAGUGGUAUCGAUCUGAAUGAAACUAUUCAGCCUACUAUUCCUCGACCAAUCCCAUACAACGCCAUCUUAGACAUCCCACGUAUAUUAUCUCCAUCAAUAACCCAAUUCAUGAAGAUCUUGUCAAACGGCACCCCAGCAUUAAUCACAAAUGUCAUCAACGACUGGCCAGCCCUCUCAACCCGCCGUUUCACACUCGAAUACUUGAUGAAAACAAUGGGAUGUCACCGUAUAGUACCUGUGGAAAUCGGAUCUUCAUAUGACGAUGCAGGGUGGACCCAAAAGCUCGUAACCGUAUCCGAGUUUUUCAAACACUUGAACAAUGAGUCGGAAAAGUGGUAUCUAGCUCAGCACGACUUGUUUAGCCAGUUUCCUAUACUAACUCAGGAUAUUUUGACGCCUGAUUACUGUUAUGCUGCGGGGAGGGAUGAGGAUGUUAAAGUGAAUGCAUGGUUUGGACCACAGGAUACUGUAUCGCCUGCACAUACCGAUCCACAUGAUAAUCUAUUGGCGCAGGUUGUGGGAUAUAAGAGGGUGUUACUUGUUCCUGCUUCAGAGAGGGGUUGCGUGUAUCCUCAUAGUGCAGAGACCAUGCUUUCUAAUACGGCUCAAGUGGAUCUGGAGCAGCCUGACUUUGAAGCAUUCCCAUUGUCUAAAGAGCUGACAUGCUGGGAAGGGGUUCUUGAACCUGGAGAUUUGCUCUUCAUACCAGUUGGAUGGUGGCAUCAUCUAAGAUCACUUUCUGUGAGCCUGAGUAAUACAUACUGCAGCAGCAACCUGUAA